AUCUGUGAAGGAGUUGGUGCAGAGAGAGGUUGUAGGACGCGCUGUGCACAGUGGUUGUUGGGUUCCUAUUCAGAAAUUUACAAACAGAUAAAAAUGAAUAAGUAUAUCGUCGGUUCUGCAGUCCUGAUAACCCUCCUGGGUGUGUUCGUCCGACAAGGAUGGGGCCUCCGGUGCUGGGAGUGCAACAGUGCAUUUGACCCUCGGUGUGGAGAGACCCACUUCGAUUCCAGCACGUUGGACACUGUCGACUGUAACCAACUCGAGAUAAGCCACCUGAACACUACUCCUAUCUACUGCAGGAAGAUCAUUCAGAGAAUUCAAGAAGAAGUGCGAACUGUGCGAGGGUGUGGCUGGCUUCAGGAGAAGAAGGUUCAUGCAGGCGGCUGUUAUACUAGGACUGGUACCAAGGACAUCAUGAUAACCUACUGUCACUGUGAAGAGAACAAUUGCAAUUCGGGGAACUCCGUCUUGGUUUCUAUGGGAUUAGCUGCAGUACUCUUGGUGCUGACCAAAAUUUUCUAGAUAUGGUAGAAGGUGGUCGAUCUUCCAACAGUACCAAAGAUGCUCUGUGAAGCAGUAAUCAGUAUAGUAUCAUCUACUUAUAGUUGAAAUAUAUGACAAACUAAAGUAUUUUGUAUUUAGAAUUGAUGUAAAAACCGAUAAAUUAAUUUCACUGAAAUUAUUCAUAAUGUUAUAGAUAUAAUUGAAUUAGAAUAAACUUUGAUAAACCAGGGUUCGCUGGGAAGACACUGUUCAGCAACAACUACUACCAACUUCUCACAGGGUACUAUUUUACGACAUCUAUGAUGCAUCAUGGUUAUGUAGGUUAUCAUUAUGCAAAUGAGAUCAAAAUAGAUGCCAAAAGCAAGUAAUGUAAUAAGAAUGUGAACAAACAUGAAUGAAGGUGAUUUAUGUUGAGCCUCUGCCUUAUACAGACAGUGGAUGAAGCAAGUUUGCUGUAGAGUUCCACACUGCCUUUUGCACCUGUUAAACAGAUUCUAAGCCCUUUGUGUCUUUAUUGUUUGUUCCCCAACACUACAUGAGAUAUGAGUCUGAACUGCAGAAAUCCACACAAGUUAAACAUCAGUACUGUCAACACAAAUUCUUUCAUGAUGUACCUUCAUGGUAUAAUAUGCAAGUACAGUACAGUACAGUACAGUACAGUAAUUUCACAGUUUAGACCUGCUUCUCCAGAGUGUUGUUCUUUAUAAAAUUUGAAUCAGUGGAAGGUAAUUGUAUUCCAGACCUGGUUUUCUUGUUUUUCUCAAUUUAUAAAUAACAAACAUAUUUUAAUUAUGAUAGAAUUCCAGUUACCUUCUUCUGACUCAACGAAAUAGGUGUUUGCUUGGGUUCUGAGUCAGCACUCAGAAUGUUGCAUACUCACUGAGGUUUUUAGUGCAAAUGAUGGUAAUAUUCACAACUGUAGCAUAAUGUGUACAUAGAUAAGCAGUUUUGAUGCUCUCACUCCUUCUGCUUUUAAGUGGAAAAGUAUGCCUUGUAAAAAGCAAGUUCAAAUUGUGCUUAGUAAUGUAGAGACUGAGUCUGUACGAUGUGGGCGCCAUCUACAGAAGUUGUUGUAAGUGACUGUGGUCUUGAACACCACAUGAGAUUGAGGAUCUGAGUGCAUACUUAGAUCCUCUGCAAAUGGCACCAUAGAUUUUGUCCAAUGAACAAAUCUUUCGGGAGAUGAUGGUAUGAACACUUUGUUACUCCUUAAUGCUCUAAGUUGAGUUAGGGCCAUAUGGAGACCUUCAUUUUGGUAGCAGAAGUUUUGGUGUGAUCUGACAGGUUUUGACUAAUGCCUUACUCCUUCACUCUUCAUUUUGGUGAAACAGAGUAAGAUACAUUUAGUUUCUUCAUAGCAAGUAAUGCUUGCAUACUUAGGUAAUUUCUACAGCAUACACCAAUGAGAAAUAGAUGUCAGACUUUACAUUGUAAUACUCCACAAUUGAAAAAUUCCUUUAUAAGUAGAUGCUGCAAUGUGAAUUACCAUUUCACAACAAACUAUUAAACACCCAUCUAAUGUAACCUGCAUUGACAUUGCAAGUGGCCAACACUGAUACAUCCGCCUUUACCCUGGGAAAGGUUGAUGAAGAUUUCCACUUCAUUUUCACUAUAUGUACUAUUUGAGUGUGUUUUAUUGUUUUCACACUGGACAGAAGAUUUGGAAUUGUGGUUGAUUGCCGUAAUUAUCAUGAAAAUUAUCACUUGAAAGUGAAAUGUAUGUCAUUAAUAUAUAGUACUUAAUAAUCACUUAACACUUCAAAUAAAUUUGGUAACUUUUUCACUUACAUAUAGUUCAUACUACCCAACAAUGCCUAAUGUAUACACUUCAACCCUAGCCACAUUCUGUAUUGAAUUCUUCACUUGACGAGGUUGAACCAGUGUUUUUGUAUCAUCCAUAACAGUAACGAUUGAGAAGUAGCAGACUACAGUACACCGUGUACAUAGGGUAUUUUGUUGGUAACACUGUACAGCACUACUGAUACAUGCUCACUUCCAUGUGGUCAUAGUUUUAUUACCAGCACAUAACAAAUAUGCAAGAACAUCAAUCAGUUUUGCCAGCACCAUCAGAGAAGAUUACAUGAUUGGUGCAUAAGUGUUGAUGUGAGGAGAGUUCAUGUGCUGCCAUACACACUCUAGCAUGACUGUGGGGUACAUUAAGCAGGGUGCAACAUUUAUUUUAUCUAGAAUUUAUGUUAUGUAGUAAUGUCUAUGAGAAACAGCUGACAAUGAGCUCUGUUAUUGACCAAAAUCUCAAUGCAGUAUACUAUAUAUAUAUAUAUAUAUAUAUAUAUAUAUAUAUAUAUAUAUAUAUAUAUAUAUAUAUAUAUAUAUAUAUAUAUAUAUAUAUAUAUAUAUAUAUAUAUAUAUAUAUAUAUAUAUAUAGUUUGUGUGUGUGUGUGUGUUAGGUCAGCAACUUAAGGAAAUGUGUAUAUUUUGAGAAUAUCAUGAAAAUUCAUUACCAAGUAAUAUAUUAUAGUGACUGACCAAGAAGAUUAAACUUGAGAAAAUGUACAUAGAUCUGUAAUUAUACAUACUGUAUUAAACAAAAUCUUUCAGUUAUGAAAAUGUGAAAUUUUAGUUUUAAACGUUGCAUAUAUCACUAACAACAAAUAAUUUUUGUAUCUAGUUUAUUUCUAUACCCUUUUCAAUCAUGAAACACUCAUAAUAUGUAAGAAAAUAAACAAUAAAGAUUGUAAGCAUUACAUUCCAGAGGCUUAAAUUGUGUUUUUGGUUUAUAGUAUAGCAUGUUCCCUUUCAAAGCCAUGCAUAAUUAAUUUCCUGCAUGAAUUUAACAAAGACAUAGUAUGAAAAUCAAAGCUAUAAAAAUUUAUUAUAAUACAGUAUUAGAUAUCUGCUUUUUUAACAUGUUAAAUUCAACAGGUAGCAUCACUUUGUAAAAGAUAAGUGGCAACAGCGUCAUGUGGCCUCUCAUUUCGUUUUAACACAAAUAAAUGUCAUAUUUAUUAACAUUUUGCUACCUUUCAUAUCUCAUUGACCAAACUUAAAACCACUCUCGAACUAUCCAGACACACACUGUUAAUAGACACAAUCUUUAUGAUUUAAUGUUUUAGAUAUCUUGGAUAUCAAUUCAGUACAGUACAGGUACUUCCAUUAUCCAAGACCCUGUUAAAUAGAACCUUGAUUUUUCCAGUCACAUAGCACAUAUUUGCCUCUUUAUUUAUAUAUAUAUAUAUAUAUAUAUAUAUAUAUAUAUAUAUAUAUAUAUAUAUAUAUAUAUAUAUAUAUAUAUAUAUAUAUAUAUAUAUAUAUAUAUAUAUA